CUGCAAGUUAUAUAGCUAUUUUGUUUGCGUCAUUGAACUUCCGCGCUCAUGUUUUUGAGCCUUUAUAUAUUUAAACCUGUUUGGUGUAGGCUCUGUUGAAAGUUCAUGGCUAGUACGAAUGGUCUUUCAUUUUGAGGCACUCUUGCUUAAAACUUGCAUACGGAUAACCAAUUGGAAGGGUAAUUCAUUUGCGAUUGUCAACCAUCCAACGGUUCAGAUUGUGAUAUUUGAAUAGGGGCUCUUCUUAGGUUUCGUAUGGAAUAUUUCACCAUUGCUGCAAGUUUCUUCUGAACUUUUUCAUUUUCUUGGUGGGUCAUAGAAUUUAGAUCUCCUUAGAUCAAAUAAAGUUUCGUCUUCAGCAAUUAUAAGGCUGUACCUUAGUGAUGUCUUAAUGGUUUAUGAAUUUGUAAGUUAUUGAAUUAAUUACUUCAGACCAUCAGCUUGCCCUAUGGAUACUGGAUAGUAUCCAAUUAAUGCAGUCGGUAAUCAGCUUUUUUCACCGAGCAACUUGUUUGGUGCCCAGUCGUUUGGCAUAUAGCCUCUAAUUCUUCUGUCAGUUGGUCGAAGUUGAAUUUAUUUAUCCUGCAUUAUGAAGUCUAUCUUCAGGAUCAGCCUGAAGGUCAUUUCACGUUACUGGUCAAUAACUGUACUCUUAUAGAUGCAUUCAUGUAUGUUUCUGAGCGAAUUGAAGUAAAAAAAAUAGAAUAAGGUUAAACAUUAUAUUUUUAAGUUAACUUAUUAACAGCACAUAAUGAACCAUGCAUAUUAUUGCUUCUGUCAAUGUAAGGGUAUGCAUAGAACUGUCGAACUGUCGAAAUAUUCCAAGUGUUGCACAUAAUGAACCAAACGUAGCUUAAUGGAGGAUUUGGUUCAUCUUUGUAUUAAGUGCUAUUGAAUUACACGUCAAAGGUAUUAUAAGUUAGGUCGAUUUGGCAAGAGUUUUUUGUGCAUAAAUGGUAUUGCUAGGACACGCUGAUUUGGGGCUGACCCAAAAUUUGUCUGAGUUGGUUUAAUAUGAUUUCGUGAUUGUGGAUACAACUUCUUUCAUCAUGCAUUCUGAGUACCACUUGAUGACACAAUUGAACUACACGUAGAAGGUAUUGCUAGGAUAGGUGGAUUUGACACAUAUUUAUUACUAGGACAGGUCGAUUUGGGGAUGCCCCACAUUUGUUUGAGUUGCUUUUAAUAUGGUUUUGUGAUUGUAGAUUUAGCUUGUUUUAUCUUGCAUUGUGAAUAUAACUUGAUUGUGGCUUGUAUGUGCAUGCGUAUAAUUAUCUUGCAUUGUGAAUAUAACUUGAUUGUGGCUUGUAUGUGCAUGCGUAUAAGAACAUGUGUUUUUAUGUUGUUUUUUACUUAUAUACUUGUAAAUUUGCAAUGCUAUUUUUUUUUUCAAUUUUUCCAUUUUUAUGAUAUUGUAUAAUUUAACACCACUUUAAUGCCUCGAGGCUUAUGCCUUAUCAUGAUAGGUUAAGCGCCUUCUUUUACCUCAUCACAUUUACUGGCAUUGAUACACACCCUUCUCUCUCUCUCUCUCUCUUUUCAUUUGUGACUUCCAGCCAAUUUCGGCAAAUUUGAUGAUGAAUAAGGUGCGCAGUCAUGCAACUGUUUUGUGCGCUCUACCAGAUUUUGGCAAUCUAUGAGUGUAAACCACAAAGAUCAAUGGACUUGCCUUCCUCCGGCCUUAAGUUUGCACCAACCUUCAUUGGUGAAUGCUUUUGACUGGCACCUCUUGAAUAUUUGCUUCAGGAGAAAGAAAGAAAAAAGAGAAGUAUGAGUACUUUGACCUUUCCUUCUUCACCAGUCCACAUCCAAGGCAAAAGAUCACCUGUUUCAGUACUCGGCCUCUGCAGAAACAGCUCUGUUGUAGACAGCAUAACCACCCCUCCCAGCAAGCCUCUGGAUGAGUUUAGCAAGUUGGUGUCUGGUUUCCACAAAGUUAAGGGUGUGCAUGGUUCUCACAGAGGCAGUGGGAGCCACGGCUUUGUGAUAAGGUGUGAUAGUUCUAUAGAGAGAGAUGAUUCUUUUUAUAUGAACAGGUGUGUGGAGCUGGCCAGAAAGGCACUUGGGUUCACUAGUCCAAAUCCAAUGGUUGGCUGUGUUAUUGUAAAGGAUGGGGAGGUUGUGGGCGAGGGGUUCCAUCCAAAGGCCGGCCAGCCUCAUGCCGAGGUCUUUGCAUUAAGAGCAGCUGGAUCCUUAGCUAACCAAGCUACAGCAUAUGUCAGCUUGGAGCCCUGUAAUCAUUAUGGGAGAACCCCUCCAUGCACUGAGGCUCUUAUACAAGCUAAUAUUAAGCGUGUUGUUGUGGGAAUGGUGGAUCCAAAUCCAAUUGUUGCAUCCAAGGGAGUGGAAAAGCUCAGAAAAUCUGGAAUUGAUGUAACAGUUGGCGUGCAGGAAGAACUCUGCCAGAAACUCAAUGAAGCUUACAUACAUCGGAUGCGUACUGGAAAACCUUUUGUUACUUUGAGGUACUCCCUGUCAUUCAAUGGUGUACUUCUUAAUGAGAUUGGCGAAGGAACAGCUGAUGUUGGUGGGUACUUCUCCCAAUUACUUCAGCAACACGAUGGUGUUAUAAUUUCUGGGCUUGAUUUAACCAACAAUGCACUUCUUCUGUCUCGUGAAAUUGGAGCUAAUCAACCAGUCCAAAUCAUUAUAGCAAAAUCUCUAGAACGGCCAUUGAACCUCUCCAUUUUCAGAAACGCAACUACCAAAGCACUUGUUUUCGCAGAGAAAAAUGCAUUUUCUGGUGAAGAAAUUCAAAUGGCACUAAAAAAUCAAUCAAUUGAAAUUGUUACUCAUGAUCAGAUUAAUAUGGAUGUAGUAUUGGAACAGUGUUCAAAACUUGGCCUAUGCAGUGUUCUAGUGGAUAUGAGAGGAAAUGAUAUUGCUCAAAGUGAGAUUAUUAAACAAGCCAUGAAGGAUGCAAUGAUUAACAAAGUGGUCAUGGAAAUUCUGCCAGUUUGGUGUAAUGCGAGUCCAGGUUCCGUAGAUAUAGCUAGAGAUCUGAAAUUGAAGGACCUGCAAACAAGACUCUCAAAAAAUAGCGUCAUUGUGGAAGGAUAUGUUUCUUAGUGCUUUAUGUGCUAGUUUGCCUGUCGGCCCUUGUUAAGAGAGGGCUAAAAUAACUUGUGCAUUACAAGUCGGUAUUCAGGAAACACUCCAAAAAGGAAAGGUGAGAUACAAAUAAAAAAGUUCCAUGAGAAGUUAUGAAACGUGGCGGUACCAAGAUUUACACAACAGAGUGGGAAGGUAAUGCAUUUGUCUACUUGUGUAAUCAAGUUUCGAACCUUUGCAAGUUGUUUGUGGUCUUUCAUGUUAUUGGCCGAUGUGAAGCAGCCCGUAUUCAUCUAGUGAAACUGAUGAAUUCUUAUUAGAACGGUCUUAUGUAUCUUUCAUUGGCUAACCGGUAAAAUGCUGAAUGCAUACUAGUCUCUCAUGCAACAUUGCGAAUUCGAAUUA